AUGGCGGUGGGUAACCUGCUGGUCGCCACCUUAUUAAUACCGUUAACGAUUACAACGUUUAUUCAUGGUGUUGCAGCGAAUAUUGACGGAACGUCAGCGAAGAAGCACGAAAAAUUCGUGCCAUUAGUCGCUUUUGAAUGUGGUUAUCGUAACAAGUAUAUGAAUGAGGACGGUUUAUGGACCAGCGAUGAAAACCGAUACGCCACUUGUCUCAGUGGAAAACUGGACAUUCUUAAAUAUUGCAAAAAGGUGAACUAUUCAAUUUAG